AUGGCCUCACAACUGCCGCCGGGGGCCAACCUCUGCGAUUACCCUGCUUCGACGCCACCAGAUGGAGUGUCUUCCAAUUUAGUCGACCCGUAUUCUCUUGCGCCGGUAGUCAUCGCCAUCUCGGUGCUGACCUUUUUGAUUGCGAUUCUUUUCACAAUUGCUAGGCUGUAUUUCUAUUUCCCCAAAUGGAAACUGUCAGACUAUUUUGUUAUUAUCGCUAUUGUUUUCUCUGGAGGAUACAUGGGCCUUGUUUUCUCGCUGAGCAGAUAUCAUCGCCAUGAAUGGAAUGUGCCCGCCUGCUGGUUCGAUGCCACAUAUAUGAAGAUGUUAUACAGCCAGGGUAUUCUGGCCGGUCCGAUGUUCUUCUUCUCCAAAGUAUCCGUCUUUCUACUCUAUCUUUCCAUUUUCAGUGUCGAUCGGCCUAUGCAGAUUGCCAUUUACGUUGGCAUAAUCUUCACCACUUGCUUGAAUUGGACCGCCAUCCCGCUCGAGUCUUACUAUUCGGCGCCACAUAUAGGAGAUACGUGGGAAAGCCUGCUCGUAACUCAGCAAGCAAAUCACAACAUCACGUAUGGCAUCAUCCACGGCGCGUUGUCUGUCGUUCUCGAUGUGUAUAUUUUUCUCUUGCCGAUGCCGAUCAUCUUGUCGUUGCAGAUGACAACGCGGAAACGCCUGCAGGUGCUUGGAGUUUUUUUAACGGCGUUAAUGGGUAUUGUUGCUAGUGUCGUUUCGUUGGUAUACCGCAUUCGUCUCCGAAAUCUCCAAGAUAAUACAUGGGCUCAAGCCUGUGUCUACACUUGCGUCCUCGUCGAAACCAACGUCGCAAUUAUGGUGAGCUCGAUGCCUGCCGCAUCGGGCAUAAUGCGAAGACAUUUCCGCCAAUCCUCAUUAUAUCGCUCCUUUCACAAGUCGAACUUUUCGUCGAAUGACGAUGGCUCGACAAACCGACAGACAUACUUUCAGAACAACAACCCCCCAAGCAGUCUCCUUUACGCGCAUAAUAAUUCGCGCUCGGUCAAGUCUAAAUUUGACAGAACAUUGUCCUCGGAAAGUUUACGUCGGCCUAGUGAUUUGGAGAUGGAGAUGGGGGAACAACAGCAGUAUCGCAUGGAAAAUAUAGGUCUUGGUCCCCCCGGAGAAGGGAUUAUUCGGACGAUUCAGAUCGAUCAAGCGUCAUUUAAUGAUACGGCGAUCAAAUGA